GUACAAAAUGAGAAGCACACGGGCGCAGAGUGGGUGCGGGGACAUGCCAGCGUCCCCCCAGCACCUGGCAAGCACCUCUGGGCAUCCCACAGCUCCCUGGCCACAGACCCUCAGUGGACAGCCAUGGCAGCAGAUGGGGAGCUCAACCGUGUCAUCAAGGACUUGCAGAGGGACCAGCACUGCCUAGGGGGUACCUGCGCCCCUCGCUCCCUCUGCUCCCCCGUUUCAUCCCGGGGCAGGUUCCUCUUUCACACGACAGCAGAAAUCCCCGAGGUUGGGAGCCGGGAGGCAGUGGGAGAGGAUACGGGAGCCGGGAGCUGCACAGCCUCUGUGCCCAGUUGGAGUUCCUCCUCCAGUUUGACCUCAAGGAGAAGAGGAGCUUCUUUGGGCAGCGCAAGGACUAUUGGGACUUCUUGUGCCAGGGCCUGGCACGGCGCCGGCAGGAGCAUGAGGGCGUUCGCUUCGUCACCUCCCUGGACAAGGGGCCGAGCCUUCCUGCGGUACUGCCUGGUGCAUCGGCAGCUGGCGGAGUCCCUGCAGCUCUGCCUCCUGGACCCCGAGAGCCUCCGCGAGUGGUACUACGCCCGCAGCCCCUUCCUGAACUCCCAGUGUCGGGCAGAGAUCCUGGGCAGCCUCUAUGAGCUGGACGGAGUCACCUUCCACCUGGCUUUGCACAGGGCUGACCUGGACACCGCUUGGCCCAUGUUCUCUGAGACGCUGGUACGCACCAGGUCCGUGGCCCGGAGCAGCCCAGCAAAGACAACACUGCAGACAGGGGGUGUAGAGAUGCAGAAGGAUGUAGAGAAGGAUGUGGAGGUGAAGAAGGACGUGGAAGAGCAGGAUGAACAUGAGGUGGACGAGGAUGAGGAUGACGAGGAGGAUGAGGAUGACGAGGAGGAUGAGCUGGAUGGCACAGAGGCAUCCCUGUGGGCACUAGUGUCCCAGCUGCGGACUGAGCUGCGGCAGCGGGAGGUGGCAUCACAGGCGCUGGCGGCCCGGCUGGCACAGGAAAAGCAGCGUCACCGGCGCUGGGAGAAGAGCAGCGCCCAGUGGGCCCAGCUGCAGGUGUGCGAGGCCGAAGCGCUGCGAGAGACCAAUGCCUUCCUGGGGCUAGCGGGGGGGCCAGGGGUGCGGGCACAAGUGCAGGAGGAGGCACAGAGGUGGCAGGAGGUGGCGGAGGAGCGGGGCACCCAGCUGGCCACGGCACUGGCAGAGGCGGCAGCGCUGGCCUCACAUCUGCGGGACUGCCAAGCGGCACUGGCCAAGGCGGGACAGACGGGCGUGCUGGAGGAUGCCUGUGCCCCGAAUGAGGUGGCCACCGUGGAGGAGGUGCUGCGGCGGGCGCUGGAGCUCGCUUGCAGCCCUCAGGAGCCCCCACAAGACCCCCAGUCAGAGGGGGAGCCCAGCACAGCCACCGGCAUGGCCAUGCGUCUGGCUGCCCUGGCCACCGCGGCACAGGAGGAGGCUCGGCAGAGCCGGGAGCAGCUCCAGGCCCAGCAGCAAGAGGUGGCACGGCUGCAGGAGCAGCUCAGCAG